AUGGGGGGCGCCGUCGCCAGAGGAGCACCCCGGCGCCGUCGCUGCUACUCCGGAAUGGAGCCCCGGUACAGGACGCCGGCCCGCAGGCAGGGCCCCCCGGGCCCCGGGGCGGCUGCCCUUCCGCUGCUGCUGCUGCUGCCGCUGCUGCUGGUGUCGCCGAGGCCCGCGGGCUGCCUGGCGAGCCAAGCGCCAGGGACACCGUCUGCGCCUGCUUCCGUCGACCCUGGCGUGCCGUGUGCCCCCAGUGUCACCUGUCCCUCAGACGAGCCUCGCCUCCCCCGCCAGGCCCCCACGGACCCGUCGCAGCGCACGACCCUCCAGACCCAGACCGUGUCUGUUUCUAACGGCGACAUCAGCUUUCUCACCUGCGGCUCCUCGCAUGAGCAGGACCCCACGCUCAGGGACCCAGACGCCAUGGCUCGGCGGUGGCCAUGGAUGGUCAGCGUGCGGGCCAACGGCACACAUGUCUGCGCAGGCACCCUCAUUGCCUCCCGGUGGGUGCUGACGGCGGCCCACUGCCUGAUCCAGCAUAACUUUACCUAUUCAGUGCGGGUGGGGAGCCCAAGGAUUGACCAGAUAUCUCCGACUACCUCCGACGUCCCGGCAUACCAGGUUAUCUUGAACAAACGGUACCAGUCCCAUCGGUACUGGUCCUGGGUGGGCCGGGCCCAUGACAUUGCCCUCCUCAAGCUCGUGUGGCCACUCAAGUACAACAAGUAUGUCUGGCCCAUCUGCCUGCCCGGCUUGGACUACGAGGUGAAGGACGGCUCCCUGUGCACUGUAACAGGCUGGGGACUCCCCAGGUUUGACGGCGUGUGGCCCCAGUUCCGGACCAUUCAGGAGAAGGGUGUCACCAUCCUGAGCAGCAAGGAGUGUGACAAGUUAUACCACAAGGUCUCCAAAGUCCCCUCUCUGGUUCGGGUGGUGGACUCCCGGAUGGUCUGUGCGGAGGACUUGGACAGGGAGAACUUCUGCUAUGAGAUAAGUGGGGAGCCCUUGGCCUGUUCUGUGGACACCACGUGGUACCUGGUGGGACUCGUGAGCUGGGGCCCAGGCUGCCGGAAGAGCGAGGCCCCGCCCAUCUACCUGCAGGUCACCUCCUACCAGCACUGGAUCUGGGAACGCAUCAGUGGGCAGGCCCUGCCAGCCCCAUCCAGGGCCCUGCUCCUGCUGCUACCGCUGCCCCUCGGCCUCCUUGCUGCCCUCUGACAGCCUCGUGCUGUCCCCCGGGGGGGCCAUCCUCACCCUCUGUGCCCAGAAUGCUGCAGGUGUAGCUCUCCCCACCCGGCAGGGCAGGGCAGAGAUGAGGUGCUCAAUUAAAUGCUUCUCUUCUCCAA